UAAAAUUCAUGAAGGCUUGUCGUUCCACUAGAUUUCAUUCCUGACAUGUACAGUACACUGAAAUUUAAAGCUGGUCUUUGUGGUUGCUGUACAGUGACAUGAACAGAAGCUGAUGAACAGUAUCAACCAACCUACAGCAGAACUCUUAAGCAUAAUAAAUAGUUUUAUUGUUUACAUGUUUACACAUGACAUGUAUUAAAUGAUUUGAAAUUGCAGACUAAAACUGUAUGUUCUUCUCAUCAGACGUGUGCAGAUUUUAACACAGACAAUUGAAGAAUGUCACACUCGUGGUUGUGCGGUAAGUGGUUUGAAACACAGUCUGUGAAUGGCGGCUGUUUUAAGAGCAGCCCCACCGUACUUUCACGAGAGCUCUGAAUCCUGAGAGAAAAAAAGUCACAUUUUAUUUCGUAGUAUAAAUUACAUUUCACACUCCUGCAAAGUUUAUACAGCACAUAGGAGCAGAUUUUUACAAGAUUCAUAUGCAAAUGUGCGUUGAGAUUAGAGAUACAACGAUUAUUCCAGUUCAUGAUAAAUUAUUCAUUUAACAACCGUCAAUUAUUAAUUCAACAGGAACAAUAAGCUAUGUUUCUGUAGGCACAGUUUUCCAUUUUAACGGACUUUACCUUUUCUCUCUCUCUCUCUCUCUCUCUCUCUCUAUGUGAGUGUGUGUGAACUUUCCUAAUGUCAGAUUGAAUUGUGAAUGUUUUUCAUUUCAUUGCUCAGGAAAACCGGAACAUAAAAAUAGUUACAAAUAUAUCAGCUUGUGCUGGUUUGGAAUGCCAUUCUUCACCUCACUGGAGGCCUGACCUCUUUCCAGGAUCAUCACCGUCUUUGUAGAGUGUUUGAAACGUCUCAUGUUUGAUGCGCGCAAAUGAAGAGCGUCUGUUAAUAAUCAGAUCAUUCAUGUUCUUCCUCUAUACAGAACAAGUGCUACAUGUGAAAAUCAAUAACUAUUUGAAGCAUACAGCAUUUGAGGAGUCCGUAGUCCAGUGUGCUGUUAUAUACAAUAGAUUGAAGCCCGUCGGCGAGCCCAGGGCCUGCGGCUACGUCGAUCUGCGGUCGGAGAUGAAAAGUAAGCAAGUGGCGUGUGUUUCUCUCUCUCUCGAAAAGAAAAGGAGGAAAAGUGUCAUUCGAGGCGUGUACGCGCGUCAGUCCGAGCGCAGGUUUGAGUCCUGGAGUCUGCACAAGGAAUCAGUUGCAAACCUGCGCGUCAGGAAUAACGCGCGUCUGUUUCCCUGGCUUUAUUCUGGACCCAUACACACACACACACUCCUGCAGCAGAGACGACACGAGGGAGCGUCUCACCCUGCGCCUCCACUACAUUGUCGCUGUGUUCGUUCGGGUUUGAGUCCAUGCGAACUGCCAUCUGAUCCACGUUUAUCAAUGCGGGAGCUGAUCAUGGCGGAUGGCCCCCGGUGUAAGAGGCGAAAACAAGCCAACCCGCGGAGGAAAAACGCAGUUUUGGACUUUGAGAACGUUGUAGAAACCGGCUCAGAGACGGAAGACGAUGACAGACUCCUGGUGUCAGAGGAGGACGGCCUGCUGAAUGGGGCGAGGAGUCCUAUCAGCCUCAUCAAUCAUGAGUCAUUAGCUCCGCCCUCCCCCAACCUGGAUCACACCCUGCUGAGGAAGACCGUAGAUGAGGAAGAUGAUAUGAAGGAUAGCGGGAUAGAAAAUGUUUGGCAUGAAAAUGACUUGCUGAGCACCUCAGUUGACGGUACUGAUGAACUGAAGGGUGACUAUGACAGCAUGGGGCCUGAUGCCAAUUUGCCAUCAGUUGAGAAUGGGACAGUGAAGGGUGUGCAUUGCGUGCCUGCGUUUGAGGAUUUCUUCGGGAAGCGUAAACUGGUGGACAGCGAAAGUCACGUGGUCAGUAUUGCAGAGUACCUCCAGAGGGGCGACACCGCCAUCAUCUACCCCGAAGCGCCCGAGGAGCUUUCCCGUUCCCGCCUCGCCACGCCCGAAGCCAACGGACACGAGGAGAACGACCUGCCACCUGGAACUCCAGAUGCCUUCGCCCAACUGUUGACCUGCCCCUACUGUGACCGCGGCUACAAGCGCUUGACUUCCCUAAAGGAGCACAUCAAGUACAGGCACGAGAAGAACGAGGAGAACUUCGCCUGCCCUCUGUGCAGCUACACGUUCGCUUACCGCACUCAGCUGGAGAGACAUAUGGCCACACACAAGCCCGGACGAGAUCAGCACCAGAUGCUAAACCAGGGGUCGGGAAACCGCAAGUUCAAAUGCACUGAAUGUGGCAAGGCCUUCAAAUACAAACAUCAUCUUAAGGAGCACCUGCGGAUACACAGUGGUGAGAAGCCAUAUGAAUGUCCAAACUGUAAGAAGAGAUUCUCUCACUCUGGCUCAUACAGUUCGCACAUAAGCAGUAAGAAAUGCAUCGGACUGAUCGCCAUCAACGGCAGGGUGAGGAACAACGUGAAGACGGGUUCAUCUCCGACCUCUGCGUCUUCCUCCCCUACGAACACUGCCAUAACGCAGCUCCGACACAAACUAGAGAAUGGAAAACCCCUCGGCCUGCAGGACCACUCAAACCAUCUGAACAUCAAAUCUGAACCACUGGACUUCAACGACUAUAAGCUGAUGAUGGCUUCUCAUGGUUACGGCGCGGGUAGCCCCUUCCUGAAUGGUGGCAUGAGGGGAGGGAGCCCGCUGGGCCUUCAUAACUCCCAGAGUCCCCUGCAGCAUUUGGGCAUGGGUAUGGAGGGGCAGAUGCUGGGAUUCCCGUUCCUGGGAAACAACUUUAGUGAGGUACAAAAGGUCCUGCAGAUCGUGGAUAACACCGUUUGUCGUCAAAAGAUGGACUGCAAGCCGGAGGAGAUCUCCAAGCUGAAGGCCUACAUGAAGGAGCUGGGUGCCCACAUAGAGGAACAGAAGCAGGGGCUCACCUCACCCGGUGGACCCCAGAACACUCUUCCGCUCAUCAAUCACAACGGUGCGACUAAAAGCAUCAUAGACUACACGCUAGAGAAAGUCAACGAAGCCAAAGCCUGCCUUCAGAGCUUGACCACGGACUCUAAGAGACAAAUCAGCAAUAUCAAGAAAGAGAAGGCAAUUCACAUGCUUGAUAUAGUCACAGAGGAGAAAGCCCACGAGAACGGUAAUCUAAUGUUUACACCCUUCUCCUGUCAGUACUGCAAAGAGACCUUCCCUGGUCCUAUUCCCCUGCACCAGCAUGAGCGUUACCUUUGCAAGAUGAACGAGGAAAUCAAAGCUGUGCUUCAACCCGCUCAAAAUGCCACGACCAACAAAAACGGCUUGUUUGCUGAGAAACACGGCCUCUUGCACCCCUCCAUCAUCCCUGAGAAGGGCAUCAACGGCCUCAUCAGUCCCUACAAGGACCACAUGUCAGUGCUCAAAGCUUAUUUCGCCAUGAACAUGGAGCCCAACUCGGAAGAACUGCUCAAAAUCUCCAUAGCAGUCGGACUUCCUCAGGAGUUUGUGAAAGAGUGGUUUGAACAAAGAAAAGUCUUUCAGUACAACAGUUCCAGGACUCCUCCGUUAGACAGGAGCUACGCGGAGACGGUUCACGCAAUCUCCAUGCACACGCCCACUAAAGACUCUUUAGGCAUUCGGUCUCCGAUGUCCCUGAUCAAAGGUCCUGAUCGCAUCACAUCCCCCUCCAUCCCUGAGCUUCACAAUAACAACUGUGACACUCCACUCAGGCUUUCAAAAACACCUCAGUUUUCCAACCACAAGCAACUGGGAGAGAAGCUGGAUCACUCCAGAAGCAACACGCCAUCCCCUCUUAACCUGUCAUCUGCCUCCUCCAAAAACUCUCACACUAGUUCUUACACGCCCAACAGUUUCACCUCCGAAGACCUGCAGGCCGAACCACUGGACCUCUCCUUGCCAAAGCUCAUGAAAGAGCCAAAGCAUAUCUUGACUAUGAAGAGCCGACUCAAACUCAACAGCAUCCCCUUUGAAAACAACCAUGUCGCGACGCCCCGCGAGCACGCCGAAGAGCCGCUCGACUUGGCUUAUCUCUCGAAGAAGGAGUUUGGCAGCCCCAAUGCAAACAACAAUCUGGAGAAAAGCUCAAGCCCCAUGUUUGGUCUGAACCCCUUUGCUGCUAAACCCCUGUACACCUCCCUGCCGCCCCAAAGCGCAUUUCCACCCCCCACGUUUAUGCCCCCGGUGCAAGCCAGUCUCCCAGGGCUUAGACCUUACCCGAGCCUCGACCAGAUAAGCUUUUUGCCACACAUGGCCUACACGUACGCGGCGGGGGCGGCCAGCUUCGCCGAGAUGCAUCAGAGAAGAAAAUACCAGAGGAAACCAGGGUUCCAGACUGAGCUUCUCGACGGGACAGCAGAUUAUCUGAGCAGUCUAGAUGAUAUGGCCGACCCCGAGGCCUGUCUGUCCAGGAAGAAGAUUAAGAAGACAGAAAGUGGUAUGUACGCGUGUGACCUUUGCGACAAAACAUUCCAGAAGAGCAGUUCCCUCCUCAGACACAAAUAUGAGCACACAGGUAAACGACCGCACCAGUGUCAGAUCUGUAAGAAGGCCUUCAAACACAAGCAUCACUUGAUCGAACACAGUCGCCUGCACUCGGGAGAAAAACCCUACCAGUGCGACAAAUGCGGCAAACGCUUCUCGCAUUCCGGCUCGUACUCCCAGCACAUGAACCACAGAUACUCGUACUGCAAGAGGGAAGCGGAGGAGCGAGAGGCGGCAGAGAGGGAGGCGCGAGAAAAGGGCCACCUGGAGCCCACGGAGCUGCUGCUGAACCGGGCGUAUUUGCAGGGCAUCGCUCCGCCCGGAUACCCGGAGCACCAGGAGAGAGAGCCUAUCCUCAGAGACGGACUGAACGGAAGCAUACGAGAGCGCUUGAAGGAGGUGGAAGGAACGUUCGCGAAGAUGGGACGGCGAGACGAGGAGUUCGAAGAGGAGGAGGAAGAGAGCGAGAACAAAAGCAUGGACACUGACGGCGACACGAUGAGGGACGACGAGGAGAACGGCGAGCACUCCAUGGACGAGAGCUCCGUGGAUGGGAAGGCGGAAUCCAAGUCGGAUCACGAGGACGCCGUGUAGCCAUCUCAGGCCACGUUUUUCCUCUACUGUUGUUCAGGGGACGUUUGAGAAGCUGCAUUAUGCAAACAUGAAAAAAGGAAAAGGAAUAAAAUGAUUUUUUUUUAAGUGUACAGUAUUACGGCCUAAAAAAUGUGUGGUGCUACCAUCUUAAAAUCCUGUGUUCCAUAGUAUUUAUAGCACAAACUAGUAACUUGUACAAAAAAUUGCACUCCGCUUCUAUAAUCACUACAGAAAUAAUAAAAUUAUUCGCCUAUGUAUAUUUAUACAGUGUUAAAAAAGAAUCUGCGGGCGAUUAGUAUUUAAUGCGUGUUUCUGCCCUCACCACACACAAUUUAUGGCCUCGUCACCUAAUUUAUGUGAAGGAACGUAACAGUAUUCUGUUUGUUUUGAAGAAGUCUUAAAGGGGCUGUGGGAGAGAGAAUGAGGAAAUAAACAGGCGAGGUCAGAUGAAGCCUUUUUAAGGGUGUUGCCUUAUAGACGAACCUGUUAAUCAGCACGUUUCUGAAGUGCCAACCCUGUUCAGUGUUAAAAGGAGAAGAGAGACCCUCUCUCCAAAACAAACGCUCAGUUCUCGUUCUCUCCGUCAGCCAAGCAGCUCUUGGGUUUACAAUGAUGUUUGUGCAAUUUUGUUCUCAGUAUUACACCAAACAACGGAACUGCAUCCUUUUGUUCGUAGGUUUAAAGGACAUCUUAUUUAUGUGGCCCAUUUUGUAUCUCCUAAUUUUAUUUAUUUCAUACUGUACAGUACAGUAUUAUAGUUCUUCAAGAAAUAGAUCUAUUUUAGUAAAAUGGAACAUGAAGUUAAUGAGAGCAUUUAUUGUGUUUUGAAACUUUAAUUGUGAAAUACAAAUUUUCAAUUAAAUGGUUCGUUUUUCUGUUCUUUUAUUUUCCAGUUACUGGAAAUUCCAAAAUUUGGAAGUUUUGAUACGAUAUUGUAAGAUCACUGUAUUUUCAACUGAACAGCGUUAAAAAAAGUUCCACUUUGAUGUUUGAAGUGGAAUAGGGACAGUUGAAAUUCAAUGUAAGAUACCGUAACUGACUACACGAGAACCUUUCCUGAAAAUGUCUUUGUAAGAGUAUUAUGGAAUUUUUAAUUUGUAAUUUCUCUUGGAAAUGACCAUGCUCAAAUAAAAGUAGCCAAAUUAAAGAACGUUUUCCGAGAACGCCAGUGUGUGAAUGUGAGCGUGUGUGUGCUAGUUUAAAGAGACGGUUUGAAUUAUCAUAGGUCGUCCAUAUAUUCAUGUGUUUUGUUUUAGAGGACACACACCAUUAUAAUCUUCAGUCUCAGAGCGGCAGAUAUUUCACCUUUCAGAGGUGAUUCACGGCCUCCAUCAUUAGAUAUUCAACAACUUCACAGACGAUAAAGGCCGAGCAGGUUUUCAAUGAACUCUUCAAAUAAAGAGCAAAGAACCUGUCGAACAAAGCGAGAGAGAGAGAGAGAGAGAGGACAGCGAAGCUUAACGUAUCUUGAGUUCUCACGGCAUAUGCAUAUGAAAGACAGAUCAAACACUCUCACACACACGGGAAUCGGUCUGUUUUCCUCCUCACCUGAUCAACUGAUGCUUUAGAAAUAAAGACGCCUCAUUAUUGAUACAUCACAAUGGCCUUUAUCAAAUCUUCUUCAAUUUCAACGGACUGUUUCUUACAAUGCUGCCAAAGCAUGACAUAUAAAUAGAGUACGACAUUUUAUGACAGGAAAAAUUCAAAUAUAAAAACAUAUUAUAACUUACCUCAAGGGACCGGGGCUAGUUGUCACACUUUUUAAUGCAAUGAAGAAAAACGACUAAACAUUUGCACUGUACUUGCCGUUUGUGUUAGACAACAGAUAUAUUAUAAUUAAUGUAUGAAAAUUAUGUAAAUUAAACUUCAUUCAUUGUACAGAUUUUAAUGUUUGCCUGUGUGGUUUUAUUGUGUUUUAUUUGUUUUAACAGAUAAUACAAAAAAAUGUCACUAUUGCAGUUUUAGAUUGUAGUUUGAAAAUAAAGUUGAACUGAGAAACAACAAGCACUGAUAGAAAAAAGCAUUUGUGCAUCUACAAUUUUGGUUCAAAAUGAUUGACGUGUAAAAACUAGCCCCGGCCUUAUUUGUCUACAUAUAAAGUGCAUUGGGUUAUUAUACAGUAUGGAAUUUUUAACAGCUAUAGGGUCUGUGUUUAAAAUAAAUCAGGGAAGGUUUGUCUACAUUCAAAAAUUAUUCAUUCAAACAUUAUUCAUUCUCCCUAUAGAGAAUUUGAUAGUUUGUCAUACAGUCAAAGCUUAUUAAAAACGUAUGUACAGACAUACAAAUAAAUAUAUAAAAUAUUUUUCAUUAUAUUUAAUAAACAAAAAAGUUAAAAAACAAAA